AUGUCUUCUGAAUCCGAUGAAGAUUUUGACGACAGUUGUGAAAUAUCUAGAAACGGUGAUAUUCAUCAUGCUGUAUUACAAAAUAUGAAGAUGCGUUUUAUGAAAAACAAAAUCUAUACAUUUUCGGGGAAACUUUUAAUUGCGAUUAAUCCUUUGCAACCGUUGCCUUUGUACUCCAAUGAAGUGAUAGAAUCGUACAAAGCCAAAACAAAUCAUAUGCUACAACCACAUAUAUUCUGUGUUGCAACUGAAGCGUUAUGUGCGUUAAAACAAAGAAAACAGUCACAAUGCAUUGUAGUCACUGGCUUAUCUGGAUCGGGUAAAAGUGUGACAGCGAACCAUUUAACUGAAUUUUUAUACGAGAACGAAGGAAAAAUGACAGCACAUAUUGGAAUAAUGUUGGAUGCAUUUGGUAACUGCACAACCCCACAGAAUGACAACAGUUCUCGUUUUGUAAAAUUACUACAGUUCGAGUAUAGCCCUGAAUAUAAAGUUCUCAAAUUGAAUAUAUCAUAUCAGCUUUUUGAGAAGACACGAUUAUGCAUGAACGACAACACAAUUGGAGACAAUUUUAAUAUAUUCUAUAUGCUUCUAAAUGCACCAAUGGAUUUGAAAUCGAAAUUUAAUAUUGCGAGCGAAAAAUUUGCAAUUUUACCACCAAAAGGCAUGAGAAAUUCUUUGAAAUAUAGCUUUAAUGAGUUAGAAACUGCAUUGAAUGGAUUGGGGUCUGACAUAUCAGAAAUGCGAGAGUCAAUUUAUGCCAUACUUGCUGCUAUCCUACAUUUGGGGAACGUAAAAUUCAAGACUGACCAUCUAGGGUUUGCUCAAAUCAAUGAUGGUUCUCACAGUGCAUUGGAAAGUGCUGCUAAUUUAUUGGCAAUAGAUGAAAAACAUUUGAAAUGCGUACUAUUAGAACGAAAAAUGGUUGUGGGAGCCGAUACAGUUUCAGUACGUUUCAAUGAAACUUUGGCAGUAAGCACGAGAGAUUCAACGGCGAAACUUAUUUAUUGCGAAUUAUUUCGGUUUUUAAUUGAUAAGAUCAAUGGAGCGACAUCAGAACUUCAGCAAUAUAUAGCUAUUCUGGACAUACCAGGAUUCGAAUGUUUUGAGAUGGGACAAAAUUCGUUCGAACAAAUAUGCAUCAACUUUGUCAACGAAAAGAUUCGAAAUUUUUCCACCAAUCGUUUGAUCAAAGCAGAACUGGACUGGUACAAGAGUGAAAAUUUGGAUAUUCCUCAAAUCGAUUUUUUGGACAAUCAAAAUAUCAUUGACUUGUUGGAAGAUAAAACAGAAGGAAUUUUUUCUUUAUUGGAAGAUGAAAGCAAGAAACGAGUACCAUCCUCAAUAAAUUUUAUGAAAAUGAUUGCCAGUACUUGCAUUAAAAAAUCAUCGUUUACUUUACCCAAACUUAAAAAAUCACCGGUGGAACCUCAAUGCUUUGUUAUUCAUCACUUUUCUCAGGAUGUUUUCUAUUCCUCGGAAAAUUUUGUUGAAAAGAAUACUGAAUCAGUCUCGACAGAUGUUCAUAAAAUUGUUGAAGCGUGUUUAGAAGGUUUUGGCAUUAAAGAAAUUCAAAAAAUUAACCGUUUAAAAUCAACCACAGCCAUUAUGAAAAAAGAUCUAUCAAUACUAAUUGACACAUUGAAGACAAAUGACUCUCAUUUUAUACAUUGUGUGAAACCGAAUAAUGACAAGUUACCCAAUAAGUUUGAAGAUGGCAUGGUCUCAACACAACUUAACACAGUUGGAGUAGCACCGAUUGUGAAUUUAAUGCGUUAUGGCAAUGAAAACUUUGUGAACAUGUUUAAAGAGAUGAAUACCGAUGAAACAAAACAAAUUGCACAAGAAAUUAGCGAUAAAUUUUAUAUGCGACAACGAAAUUCAUUCUGGAUAAAGAUUCGAGUUUUGGGUAUAAUGUUAGUUGGUUUGAAGAAAAAGAGGAAUAUAAAUAGUUACCCCGAAAUACCGUACAGCGAAGAGGUUGUGGCAGAAAAUGUACAAGAAAUCAAGGUCAAAGAAGAAGAAAUUAUGGAUCGUCAAUGCACUGAAAAUUUGAUUGAAAGCACGAAAAUGCAAAAAAUAAAACGUAUAAGAACUACAAUUACAGAAAAACGACCAACUCAUUCAUCUCGCUAUGAUGCCAUCGAUCACGAGAUAGCCAAAGAUCAUACUCGUCAGCGGUGGUUAUUUCACGGAAAUGUUGUCUUGACCAAAUCUCAAAAGGAAAGAACUCUGAUACGUGCCAAUGUUGACGAAAGUGACUGUUAUCGACUGUUAUAUUCGGUUAUACGCGGUUAUAUUUCAAUGCAAUGGUUACUUUAA